GUGGAGCCACUAAUUGGACUGAAUUUCAGUGGCAACAAAAGCCCUGGCUAGAAAAUUCCAGCCCUGGUUUUACAGGGUCUGCUUUGUUGCUGCAGUGUUUGUUCUCUACUGCUGUGUUAACAGUUAUCUUUUCGGUGGUGGCCUCUCCCCACCCUUCCACACAGUGCAUGAAAUGUUCCUCAGCACAAACCCGUCCAGAGCCACCGUGGCACAGUACAGGCAAUGCUUCGUUCUGCACAGGACACCAUCCAGACACCAGGAGUGGCCCAACAGCUGCCUCGCAACCAUGUUCCCACACAGCUUUGACUACAACCAGCCGAUGAGAAAUCGUUGAGAAGGAGACAUGAUGGGACAGUUCCCAGAGGAUGUGGUGGGUGGCUCCACCACAGAGGAUCUGGAAUGCAAGAUCUGCUACUGUGCUUACAGCCUGUCAAGUCGACGGCCCAAGGUCCUCGAGUGCUGCCAUUGUCUUUGUGCCAAGUGCCUUGCAAAAAUCCUUGAUUUAGGCGAAUCCUCUCCGAACGCAGUGGUCUGUCCGUUCUGCCGCUACAUCACAGACCUUCCCGGAGAAGAUGUGGACAGUCUACCGGAUGAGUAUAACUUGGUGACGGCACUGCUGUCCAUCCAGACACGGAAGCAUCAGAACCUUUAUGACAACCAAGGGGAGAUUCUCCUCAGUCCCAGACGUCUUAACUCCCUGGUGGGACACUCGGCCUCAGCUUCUCCCACCUCGAUUCGUUCCAAUUACGUGGUGAUCACCAUUAUGGAGCCUCGACAGGAGUCUGUUAUUCCAGCUUCGGGUAGGGAUUACCGCUCUUCCAGUCAGGACUCCAUGUCCUCCGUUACCCAGAGAUGGACAGUGUGGAACUGUGCGGCCCUGCUGUGCCAGACUUCAGCACGCAUCCUGGUCUGGCUGCUGGGGUUGCUGUACUUCAGCUCGCUGCCUCUAGGUGUCUAUCUGCUAAUCAUGCAGAAUACCACGAUGGGGGUGUUGAUGGUCAGUCUGGUACCUGUCAGUCUUCUAAUCGUCAUGGUGUACGGCCUUUGCCAAUGCCUGUGCCGUGAGUUUUGGGACUGUGUACCACCAUAAUGACCAAAGCAAUAAGUGUAACUGUUAUGUGUGGAUACAAUGAUUGGAUGUGCUAAUGGUCCAGCCAGUUUAUGGAAACUCGUAAAUUUUCCAGUUUAUUGGAUAAACAAUGUACACUGAACUGAAAUACAAACAAUAAAAGUGCACAGAUAUAAUUUAGUAGGCUGUCAUACAAAUUAAAGUCAUGUUAGUAUACUUAAAAAUAGUAUCCAC